AUGUAUAGACAAAUCUGGAUUUCUGAAGCUGACAGAAAAUAUCAGUUAAUAUUUUGGCGCUGGAAUCCAGAUGAAACUAUUAAAACAUAUGCUCUUAAAACUGUUACAUAUGGAACAGCUUCGGCUCCAUAUUUAGCAGUAAAAUGUUUACAAAAAAUUGCAGAUUGUAAAGAAGACAAUUUUCCAAUUGAAUCAGACGUAAUUAGGAAUGAUUUUUACAUGGACGAUUUGAUGACUGGAGGAGAUUGUAUAGAAUCAUUAAAACGAGUUAGAGAAAAUAUUGACAAUAUAUUGAUGGAUUUCGGUAUGUCUUUAAGGAAAUGGUGUACUAAUGAAAAAGUAUUGCUCCAAGGUAUUGAUCCCAGUUAUAUAGAAAAUAAUUUAAAUAUAGAAUCAAAUAAUUUGAAGUCUGUUAAAACAUUGGGGAUUGUAUGGAACCCAAAAACAGACAGAUUUAGUUUGAAAUGUAAAUUGGAAUUUCAGAAUAAAAUUUCAAAACGCACAAUUUUAAGCGAAGUUGCUAAGUUAUUUGACCCACUAGGUUUAAUAGGACCAGUAACGGUAAAAACAAAGAUGCUGCUCCAAGAUUUAUGGAAGUUAAAACUUGAUUGGGACGAUAAAAUUCCAGAGAAAAUGACUGAAAAUUGGCUUAAAAUUAAAGAUAAUUUCAAAUUUCUGAAUGAAGUAAACGUUCAAAGACAUAUUAUUUGUGUCAAACUAACACAAAUAGAACUUCAUUGA